AAAGCGAUGAGCGCACUUUCCAGAUCAAAUAUAUUUCAUUUCCUAGAAAAAAGCUGUGUUUUUCUAAAUCGUUCGAAAGUCCAAAUUAUGUCAAGCACGGACUGUGAUAGCUUCAAAAGUACAAUCACUGAUUAUUUGAUUAUAAAUUCAGUGAUCAAUACUUUUUAAACGCUUCAGUUUUUAUUACAAUUGGUUGGAAUUGAUCUAUAUUUUAUUAAGCUUUCAAAUCUGUUCGUCGUAUAAGGAGAGAUAUCAGAGGGAAAAGAAACAGAGUCUUGUGAUGAUAUCAUUUUUUGAUCGCCAAAGAGAAAAUUGAAGAUAGUGGAAAUCUUGUAUAAAAGUCACAAAAGCUGUGGAAAAAAUCAGAAAGCCAUUUGCUUGAUUUUUAAAAUAAAACAAAAAAUGAUUUCAACUUCUUCAAUUCUGAUUCUCGUUGUUCUUCUCGCCUGCUUCAUGGCUGCCAGCGCCCAAUGGGGAUAUGGAGGAUAUGGAAGAGGAUAUGGUGGAUACGGUGGAUAUGGUAGAGGUUAUGGUGGAUAUGGACGCGGAUAUGGAGGUUAUGGACGUGGAAUGUGGGGACGCCCAUACGGAGGAUACGGAUGGGGAAAGUAGAUUCAUGAAAAAUGAUGCUAGUAAUAUUUUUGAGAAUCUCAUUGCCUUAUGAACCUGUGCGUUGUAUAUUGAUUUCGACAACACCAAUAAAUAAAUUAUUUC